UGAACCUGGCCUCACACACUCCUAGAGGACCACCUCCUGAGACAGAGUUCUUUUUCCCCCUUCGUCUUCUUCCUCCAGGCUCUCCUCCUGCCCUCCCUCCCUGCCCAGUACAAUGCAUUCUUGAGUGGCAGCGUCUGGACUCCAGGCAGCUCCAGAGAACCGAAGCAAGCCAAAGAGAGAGGACUGGAGCCAAGACACUCUGGUGGGGGAGCUUGGAUGCCUGGCUUUCUUUGAGGACAUCUUUGGAGCGAGGGUGGCUUUGGGGUGGGGGGUUGUGCUGCAGGGAAUCCAGCCAGGCCCCAAGAUGGACACUUCUGGGCACUUCCAUGACUCGGGGGUGGGGGACCUGGAUGAAGACCCCAAGUGCCCCUGUCCAUCCUCCGGGGAUGAGCAGCAGCAGCAGCAGCAGCAGCAGCCGCCACCACCACCGCCAGCACCACCAGCAGCCCCCCAGCAGCCCCCAGGACCCCCGUUGCAGCCUCAGCCUCCGCAGCUUCAGCAGCAGCAGCAGCAGCAGCAGCCACCGCAUCCCCUGUCUCAGCUCGCCCAACUCCAGAGCCAGCCCGUCCACCCCGGCCUGCUGCACUCCUCUCCCACCGCUUUCAGGGCCCCCCCUUCGUCCAACUCCACCGCCAUCCUCCACCCUUCCUCCAGGCAAGGCAGCCAGCUCAAUCUCAAUGACCACUUGCUUGGCCACUCUCCAAGUUCCACAGCCACAAGUGGGCCUGGUGGAGGCGGCCGGCACCGGCAGGCCAGCCCCCUGGUGCACCGGCGGGACAGCAACCCCUUCACGGAGAUCGCCAUGAGCUCCUGCAAGUACAGCGGUGGGGUCAUGAAGCCCCUCAGCCGCCUCAGCGCCUCCCGGAGGAACCUCAUCGAGACUGAGCAGGAGGGCCAACCCCUCCAGCUCUUCAGCCCCAGCAACCCCCCGGAGAUCAUCAUCUCCUCCCGGGAGGACAACCAUGCCCACCAGACCCUGCUCCAUCACCCCAAUGCCACCCACAACCACCAGCACGCCGGCACCACCGCCAGCAGCACCACCUUCCCCAAAGCCAACAAGCGGAAAAACCAAAACAUUGGCUAUAAGCUGGGACACAGGAGGGCCCUGUUUGAAAAGAGAAAGCGACUGAGUGACUAUGCUCUGAUUUUUGGGAUGUUUGGAAUUGUUGUUAUGGUGAUAGAGACCGAGCUCUCUUGGGGUUUGUACUCAAAGGAUUCCAUGUUUUCGCUGGCCCUGAAAUGCCUUAUCAGUCUGUCCACCAUCAUCCUUUUGGGUCUGAUCAUCGCCUAUCACACGCGUGAAGUCCAGCUCUUCGUGAUCGACAAUGGUGCGGACGACUGGCGGAUAGCCAUGACCUACGAGCGCAUCCUCUACAUCAGCCUGGAGAUGCUGGUGUGCGCCAUCCACCCCAUUCCUGGCGAGUACAAGUUCUUCUGGACGGCACGCCUGGCCUUCUCCUACACACCCUCGCGGGCGGAGGCGGAUGUGGACAUCAUCCUGUCCAUCCCCAUGUUCCUGCGCCUGUACCUGAUCGCGCGCGUCAUGCUGCUGCACAGCAAGCUCUUCACGGAUGCCUCGUCCCGCAGCAUCGGAGCCCUCAACAAGAUCAACUUCAACACCCGCUUCGUCAUGAAGACCCUCAUGACCAUCUGCCCCGGCACUGUGCUGCUUGUGUUCAGCAUCUCACUGUGGAUCAUCGCUGCCUGGACCGUCCGCGUCUGCGAAAGGUACCAUGACCAGCAGGACGUAACUAGUAACUUUCUGGGUGCCAUGUGGCUCAUCUCCAUCACAUUCCUCUCCAUUGGUUAUGGGGACAUGGUGCCCCACACGUACUGUGGGAAGGGCGUCUGUCUCCUCACUGGCAUCAUGGGUGCGGGCUGCACUGCCCUGGUGGUGGCCGUGGUGGCCCGAAAGCUGGAACUCACCAAAGCGGAGAAACACGUUCACAACUUCAUGAUGGACACUCAGCUCACCAAACGGAUCAAGAAUGCUGCAGCCAACGUCCUCCGGGAAACGUGGCUAAUCUAUAAACACACGAAGCUGCUAAAGAAGAUUGACCAUGCCAAAGUCAGGAAACACCAGAGGAAGUUCCUCCAGGCUAUCCACCAACUGAGGAGCGUCAAGAUGGAGCAGAGGAAGCUGAGCGACCAAGCCAAUACCCUGGUGGACCUUUCCAAGAUGCAGAACGUCAUGUAUGACUUAAUCACAGAACUCAACGAUCGGAGCGAAGACCUGGAGAAGCAAAUUGGCAGCCUGGAGGCUAAGCUGGAGCAUCUCACCGCCACCUUCAAUUCCCUGCCCCUGCUCAUCGCAGACACCCUGUGUCAACAGCAGCAGCAGCUCCUGUCGGCCAUCAUCGAGGCCCGGGGUGUCAGCGUGGCCGUGGGCACCACCCACACCCCACUCUCCGACAGCCCAAUUGGGGUCAGCUCCACCUCCUUCCCGACCCCGUACACAAGUUCAAGCAGUUGCUAAAUAAAACUCCCCACUCCAGAAGCAUUACCCAUAGGUCUUAAGAUGCAAAUCAACUCUCUCCUGGUCAUUUGCCAUCGAGGAACAAUCAGACCAGGGAACGUAAAGAAGAGAGACCGAGCUAAUUAACUAACUCAUGUUCAUUCAGCGUGCUUGGUUCGAUAUGCCUUGAAACCAGAAAUCUAAUCUCUGUCUAGGUGCCUCUACUUGGGAGCAGGAAGAGGAGAUGACAGGAAGCGACGCCUCUGGCAGGGCCCUUGCUGCAGAGUUGGUGGAGAACAGAAAUCCACGCUCAAUCUCAGGUCUUCACUUGGGGGGGUGGGGGGUCAGAUGCACUGAAGUGGCCAACAGUGAAGCCAGCCCAGAAGAGGGUCCCGCUGGGGGAGGGGGUCACGUCAGGCCUGGGGGAUGGGUUCCUCACUGCUGGGGUCCUGGAGCACACCUCUCUCCUUUCCUUUUGUCUAAGGAAGUUUCUGGAUGACAAAAGCAAAAGAGAGUUGCCCACAACUUGCCAAAAUAGACAUUCUUUCCUGCUAUAUAUUAUACAGUCCCAAAACUCAAUUUAGACGGAAAAAAAAGACAGACAACUAAAAAACCAGAUUUUCCACCCAAUAUUAAUAACCACCUGCGUGUUUGCAAGCAUGUGCGCAUGUGCGCACACACACACACACGCACACGCACACGCACAUCCACGUCUCACAUUCAACCCAGGUCUUUUCUUGUUUUAACUUGACCUAAAUAGAAAGGGACCUGGUCCCUUCCCCUGCACACAGUAGGACCUCUCUAGAUGUGUAUUGAGUUGGGAUGAAUCCAGUGUGGGUGCUUUCGGGUCAGGUAGUUUGCUAGUGUCGGCCACAUUCUGAGCUUCACUGAAGAUGCAGGUUCCUUCAAACACAAUACAGGUUGCUUCACCCUGGUUAUGCACCAUGCUUGGUUUGAGAUGAAUGCCAAGCUAAAAUUGUUGGCCUUCUGGAGGGAUAAGCAAUCUUCUAGAAAUAACAGCUUCUGCAGAGUUUUCUUCUUAUAUCCAAACAUGCUGUGUUCCAUGGAGCACAAGACCAGGUGUAUGUAUGUGAGGGAAGGGGGACAGGAUCUGUGCCUGUGUGCACACACGCACAAACAGGUGCAACCCAGUGACACCUGAGUGAAUAGAAAUCUUGUCUGGGGUUUGCUCAGCUAUAUUUAUCCAGAAACAGAGUUCCAGCUCCAGAAGUUAAGCGUGCAAAGGGGUCAAGUGCCUCAGCUGAGUGCUGCUGAGCUGGGAGGAGAAGUGAUGGCAAGUGGCCCAUGUGGUCCCUUCUACCUGACCUGAAACCAUCUCAAAAUGAAAGAUUAUGAGAAUAAAGGGAGCCCUUAGGGCACCUUGCGGGUAAGGUAAGAUGACGUGGAUUCCUCAGUUGCCUGUUCCUACUGUGCCAUGUUAAUCUUGGUGCAAAAACUAUUCUAAUAUCUCACAGAUGCCAGAGACUUCAGAAACAUCGAGGGCAGUGCAGUGGCAGACACUGUGAGGAGAGGGCAUGUGGAUGCGAACCUUCUUCAUUGCUCCAUAAUCUAACCACAUGUAACAUUUGUGAUGUGAAAGCCAUCAUGCUCCUCAUCACUUUUCUCAUUCUGAGGUUUUGACUUCUCCUGGCGGGGAGUUAAAUGAUGCUGUAUGGAAUAUUUCAUCUGUUCAGGGUAAAAACGCAAGGGUGUCAUUUCCAUGUGGUUGUCCCGUUGGGUUUUGUUUUGUGCAGAACAUCAUUGCCGUUCUGAAGGCAGGGUCUAGCUGCGCAGGUUUUUCGUCUGCAGCGCUGGGUCUGGCCUUCUAAGGACGAGGGAGUCAUUGGACAGCAAAAUGAAGACGACCCCAGAACUAAGGCCACUCUUUCAAGAAGAUUUAGUCUCUUACUAAACUUCUUCUAUUUCUUUUUAUCGCGGUUGUUCCUUUAAUGGCCUCAUGUUUAUCCUGAUAACUCCUUGGAACGUUUUCAUUGAUUGUUUCGCAAACCAUAGAUGCCACACUUGCUGUUGGCUUUUUAUUUUUUUGCUUGUUCUUUUAACUAUUGAUGACCUGAGGGACCCCCUCCUUUUUUAUGUCCCAAGAACGGUGCCCCUGUUUUCAGUGACAGUUCAGCCAAACAUAUAAACAGAUGAAAUAACCAUACAGUUUCUUUUUGGCGUUAGUUCCGUUUCACAAAGUGAAGACCAUUGACAGGUUGACCUGAGUGUGCCAAUAUUGGUCGUUUAACCUACAGCCCUCGGCUAUUAAUUCCUAUUUGCCUUUUCCAUUCUGCUGUAACUCUGUGACGUGUGUGUGUGUGCAUGUGCACACAUGUAGGGAUUUAAUCUUAAUUUCAAAUAAAUGACCCACAAGAUUCCACUGCCACUUCUCCUGCCCGAAAGUGUGCACAGACUGCCAUGGGUCCUCAUAGUCUGUGGGUACUUCCUCUUUAGCCCGUCACUAACGCUGUGCACUUAGGUAAGCCCUGAAGACCAAGCUAGCAACACUAGUGAAGGGAGCGGUGGAGUUAUUUCUAGUAGCAGUAGCCACUGGCAUCCUAGAAACACAUGAGCAUUUGCAGCAUGACUUGACCUAUUGGUAGUGCAAUAGCUAUGUAUGAUUUUUAUCCUUGGCAAAAAAGAAUACUUACCCUUCAGGAAAAAAAAGAUUGAAUCUGCAUGUUGAUCCUACAAUGGUAAAUGAGAGGCUGCUUCUCUGUACUAGUAUUUCAGCUUUAUGUGGGGAAGUUACCCAUUCUACUCCAAGUACAAUCAAUCCUUGAUGACUUAGAUAUUGAUUAUCCGGGUGUAGCUCACCCAGGUUUUCUUCCUAUAGCCCAUCUUUUGGCUAAUUCUACUGUUCCUCAACAUCACAGUCCGAUGGGACAGGAGGCAGGUGGAUUCUCAUGCCGUGCCUUCUCUUCCUUAUUUUCAAGUUUGAUGGUGGAGGAGCUUUGAUUAUCUGCUCAAGAAUUGGCUAUAUGUAAAAAUCAUUAAUUAUGGUAAACUCACUCCAACACCGAACUGAUUGAGUUCUGCCCACUCCUGGAAGGCUGACCCAGUGGCAGAGCCCUUACUAUAACCUUUCUGAUAACUCACUGACAGGUCAAAGUACACUAAUAUUCCCUAAAAUAUCUAGACACUUGAAUUAAAACUACAAGCCACCCCCUCAUCGCUUAAGCCAUAUUAUAGCUUCAUGUACUGUAAAGUCAGGGAUGUACUGUGAUAAUUUAAGACCACUAAUCUCAGUGGAAUUUCAGGACAUAGCAUCAGUUGAUAAAUUAUACCAGAUUAGGGGCUCAUUCCUCCUUAGAUUGAAGUCCAAAUAAAAAUCUGCACCUUUGGAUCAAAGGCCACAUAUGUGUGAUCAUCAUCAAUAAAUUGUCGUAAAGUGUCUAUGAACUGCUCUUGCCAUCCUCAUAAUAUGUAACCUCAUGACAUCAUAUCUCUAUAAAUGCUUAAUACAAUCCAAAAGGAUAAGAGGGGUGAGGCCCUGAGUCACCACUAACUUCUGAACUCAGCAAGUACCAGUGGUAACAAUCUCGUAAAUGAGGAGGUAUAGAAAAUGUAUGUGUCAGUAAAUUCUAAAGUGCUAAGCAAGUGCAAGCUAUUGUUAUUUAUCAAAGACCAAGGAAGAACAGUAUUGAAGAAAUAAUGAUUUUAAUAUAUUUGAGGAUUUCCCCCUUAGAUUUUCAGUAAUUUCCUUGUGAAUAAAUAAUUAUGGAAAAGAAGAAAACUAGAGAUACAGAAUCAGAAUAAAUAAAACUCUAAUACUGGAUCCACAGCUUUGGCCAAUGAAUCUAACCACCUCAUACCUCAACUUCUCUGUUCUUAAAGUGAAGAUAAUGGUUAAUAUUCUAAAAACAAAGUAUUCAAUAGAUUAAAAAAUGGAAUCACUAUUGUCAUCAGUAGCAGCCCAGACCGACUCUACCUAGUCCACAUUUUGAUGUUGCAUCUGAAUGCAGUCAGUAGUACCAAAAAGUAAUUAUUACAUAUCAACUAGGUAGUGAAAUUAGCAGGGGGAAAUAUGGGAUUGGUACAUAGUUCCAGGACCUCUCUCUUCCUUCAGGAUGUACCUCAACACAUGGUGCACCCCAAAUUAAGAAUCAGUGUUUCAUCCCAGAACAAAUGGUGUUGCUACCGUCACAGUACCACAACUGAGACACUAUGAAGUCAUUGCACUACCAGUAGGUUACUACUCUUUUUAAGUUACUGCUUUUAAUUCUUAAAAUAUGUCCCCACUUCUAUACAGUCAUUCUACUUCCCUGGAAGUUGCUUAGAAGCAGAUUGAGGAUCGAUAGUGGUCAUCUUGCUGUCCCUGUUGACUCUGUGUGGCGUUCAGUUUCAGUACCUUAGACAGCUACCUGGCGGUUUCCUGGUAGCCAUUCCUUCCUUGCCUCCCCCUGCAGUCAGCUGGUUUGAUGACGCCCUGGGCAGUAUCCCUUCCUUCUCUACUGCCACCAGAGGAAACAUUAUGGGAAUGGGAUCAUGGAUACCACUAAGAAGGAAUGGUCCAGGGUUAGCAAUAUUAACUGUCUGCCUCUGGUAGUGGAAUAUAGCAGAGUAUUCUUCACCCUGAAAGCUUGUGCCAGGCUGCAUAAAUAGAAACUAGCAUUAAACUCCUGUCAGACAAGUAAUAUGUAGAUGUUUUACUGAAAUAGACCGAAGCUUAUUAAAAAGUACUCAGCGCAAUGGUAUAUAAAUAUAUACAGAUAGAGAAAAAAAUAACUGUGAUCUCUUUUUCUUACACCAUUACUGGAAACACCCCAACAUGAACUGGAGUUCCCUCUGAACAAAACCAUUAUCAAAUCUUCAACGUAUGACCUCCAAACCUAGGUGCCAAGUGCCCUGUGACAGUUGUUUACACACCUGAGAAACGCAUUCUGGAAGCUGUAAUCUUGGACCUGGACUAUGUGUUGAAACAAACAAAAGAGACGUUGUGACCAACCAAGCUGGUGAAGGAAAAGCACAAAAUUCAAUGCCAACCUUAGUUAGGAUCCCAAAGAGAUGCUGAAUUUAUAGCCAAGAAAAAAAAAUCAGUGACAAGUCAAGUACGAAUCUGAUUGGAACGGCCAACGUCCAGGUUCACCGAAGAAGGACAGGGAAUAAACAACAUUCUCUCGAAUCUCGUCCAGGACUGAUCCACCUUCAUCAGACACACUUUUUAAUGGCGCAACAACUCAGUUUUGGUCCCAGACUCUCUAUUCUGCACUGACCAGAAGAGAGCAACAAAAGAGAGUGACAGGAUGUUAAUGGAGGAAACAUUUUCAUGGCAAACUCAGAAACUGAAGUGUUUAUAUUCAGAAUCAGAUGGGCUUCGAUAUGAAUUUGCAUCUUGCCUCUGUACUGCUUGCUAUUUUUUAAUGAUAGGAGAAAGCAUAACAGUUUAUUUUAAAUAUGAAAUAUAUUGCUAUAUUAUAAAAUAUAUUGUAACUUUCAAUUAACAUUUUGUAUCAAACUAGUCUUUAGCAGGUCAAGUGUCAGCCUGCUCACCCAACGACUGUUUCUGAGUACACAUCAUGGUUAGUGAUUGCCUGACACCCAGACCGGGCGUCCUCAGCCGACAGAACUGCCAUAUUCUAAUUCUCCAAGACAUGACUAUUGGAGACUAAAGAACAUUAUUCCAAGCUUAGAAGAAUAAUACUACCCUAAAUUCUACCAAGCCAUUUCAGAAGAGAUUUUAAAAGCCAUUACUCCUUUAGUAGCUGUGCAAAACCACCUUAAUAAAAGUGCAGGCUCUUUCUAGAUAAAUGCAAAGACCCCUUUACAUAAAUUCUAUAAGUCUCAAGCUCAGCCAACCAGUUUUCCUUUAGCAAUGUCAGAAUUGGGCAUAAGGAAGAGUCUUGUUCUCCUGUGACACAAAAGACUCAAAAUUCUAGGCAUCAUGAGUUUCUCUAUGUUACAGUAAAAUGUGGAUUGGCAUUCCAUUGACACAGGGCCCAAUGAGAGCCCAGUGCGCUUUUCUGAGUUGGCAGUGCCCUGGAGGGCAUGAGGGUUCCACGUGUUUAUCCACAACACAGAGCACAGCUCCUAAGGGAAUGAGGAGGGGAGGCAGGACGCGCACAGCAAGACCCAGCAAAGAGCUGGGCUUCCUUUUCUGCUAGUUUACUCUAGGUGGGAGGAAAGAAUGAGUUUCAGUCAAGAUGUUUUCUUUUAUUGGCAAAAUUUGGAGAAAUUCUCUGCUUAAGCAACUAUGAAAUCCAUUCCCUUCCUCUGAUAUAGCAGUUGAGACACACAUGUAGAAUUUCUCACUUCCCUCUUCUCAAUGACCAAUGGACCAUUUCUAGAUGAAAACAGGAUAUGUUUGGUGACAGAGCAAAGGUUUCCUUGAAUCAGUCGGCCUCCUCCCAAGGGGGACCCUCACUUGUCACCAUCACUUGGGAGUAAUAUUGUACAGGUGCAAACCAAGGCUCGUCAAAGUUGAGUGAACUGAGCAUGUGUAUCUCUUCCCUUCACAAACUCUGAAAAUUCACACAGAUACACGGCCAGUGAGAGCAACAGGUUUUCUCCUGGGGAAAGGGCUGGAAUCCUCUCAAACUUCCAUUUAUUUGAGCUUAAAUGUAGAUAAGCCUUGGGCCUCAAUGAUAUUAAUUAUCCAUGCUGCCUGAAAGAGAAAUAUCUAAAUGCCCAGCUUCAGUCCGCUUCUGUAGCUGAGAUCUAGCUCGUAAACACAUUUUGUUUUUACUGAGCUAAAUUCUCUCAGUGUCUGUACUGCUCCUCAGUUCCAGGUUAGGCUGAGCUCCAUUAAAGCCAUCAGAACUCCAGGGCACCUGUUUUUAGCAGGUUACUCACUCACUGCGUCAUGGAAGUUAGUUUAUUCUCAAUUUUAUAAUUGACCGAUGAAUGUACUGGUGGUAAUUGAUUUGUCUCUUAAUACUUUUCUGCUACUAAAUAGAACUAUCUCUUUUGGCUUUUCCUUCUAGCACUUCUCAGACUGACUAAGACUUUUACAUUUAUAGAGAACGAAUAUAUUCUGAUUUUUCCCCUCAAAGUUAUUUUUCAAUCUAGAAUCAAGGAAACCAAUACAAAUUCCUGAUUUGGGGAAAGCAGACCUCUUGACAGUAAUUCAGGUAUGUGGCUAGAUGCUAACCCUUGCUUCUCAAAGCAUGGUCCAUGGACCAGCAGCAUUAGCAUCACCUCUGCAUUUGUUAGAAAUGCAGAGACUUGGGCCCCACACCAGACCUCUCUAAUCAAAUUCAGCAUUUUAACAAGAUCCCCAACUGAUCUGUAUGCACAUUAAAUAUUGAGAGGCACUGGCCUCACCACACAGCAAUGGUAACCAACAGCAUUAAAAAUUGGAAAAUUAAACCAUUUCUUCCUUGAUCCCCAUUUACAGAAUUGCUUGAUGAAGUAAAGGUCCUGUAUGAUCAUAAGGAUAAAAAUAGAUAGAUCUUAAAAUUCCACUUGAGGUCCUAUAGCUUGGGUGGUAUACAAAAAGAGGCAGUCUUUUUCCAGUCUAAUUUUUUACAUGCUCCAUUCAUAGCCUUGAGCCAUCUCAAAGCCCCUUUUUAGGUUUUUCAUUUUAGCCUAUGCUGGCAGGGCCAUCAGAAAAUCAGGUGGCCUCUCAGGGCAGGUCCCCUGGAAGGACACCUGGGUCUCUGCUCAGUAUGGUGCAGAAAUAGCUGCCUCUGUAUUCCUUCCCGGAGAAGCUCUGCCUCCCGCCAGUGAGAACUCUCCUCCCUAGGGAAAACUAGCCAGAGAAGUUAGAUUAACCGUCUAGAAACAUUCCUAAUCUCCUUUUAAACCAAUUCUCUUAUUCAUUACACCAACCAGAGACACUCUAAGGUGAGCAAGAAAAGAUGUGAAUUGUGACAUUGGCGCCAUAAAUCGAUAUGUACCCAGAAACAGUUAUGUUCUAAAUUAAUGGCUUUAACCUGUUCAUUGUAAAAAGUGCCUUGGACUUCAAUCUAAAGAGGUCAGUAUAAAUAUAUGUGUGUGUGUGUGACGUAUGUAGGCAAAUAUUUACAUAUUUAUACAUACAUAGGUGCACACACAUAUACGCGCACAUUCAUAUAUAAUAUAUACAUACAUAUAUAAACGCUUCAUAAUAUAUCAUAUUGCUAUUCGCAGCUCCGUUUCUUUUGUCUGGUCCUAUGUUUAUUUGUUUAGUGAGACCUUUACAUAGAGAGGUUCUAUUCAGGACAUUGAUGUAUUUUUU